AUGUCAGCUGUCUCAGGAUCCCAAAUGGCCAAAAGUUCCCCAGCACCCCUACUCGCCUCCCCGCUUGAGGAAUCCAGGCCAAAAGUUCCCCAGCACCCCUACUCGCCUCCCCUUGAGGAAUCCAGGCCAAGAGUUCCCCAGCACCCCUACUCGCCUCCCCUUGAGGAAUCCUGGCCAAAAAGUUCCCCAGCACCCUACUCGCUUCCCCUUGAGGAAUCCUGGCCAAAAGUUCCCCAGCACCCCUACUCGCCUCCCCCCUUGAGGAGUCCAGGCCAAGAGUUCCCCAGCACCCCUACUCGCGCCUCCCCCCCAGGGAAUCCAGGCCAAAAGUUCCCCAGCACCCCUACUCGCUUCCCCUUGAGGAAUCCAGGCCAAAGUUCCCCAGCACCCCUACUCGCCUCCCCUUGA